CCGAAGCUGGUGCGUGCAAGAAAUAUAAGAAAACCACGCACAAAAAAAUAAACGUUUCAAAUUUCGCUAAUUGGCAUUUUUUUCAUUAAAUCAACUUUUAUUUCAUUAUAGAAAAUGGCAAAAAGUGAUUCUGAAAGUAGUUCAUCAUCUUCAUCGAGUGGCAGUGACUCCGAUUCUUCAUCAUCGUCCGAGGAGGAAGAAACUAAACCGAAAAAUUCUCCCUCGAAAAAAAAUCAUGCCACAUCAAACGAUGAAAAUGAGAAAUCACCAUCAGGUUCGUUAAAACAAAAAGCUGAAAAUUCAAAGAAGAAAACAUUGAAAAAGAAACAACCUAAGAACAAUUCCUCAUCAUCGGAAUCGUCGAGUUCGAGUUCUGAUGACGAUGAUGGUGAUGGAAGCAGUUCGUCGGCAUCGUCGUCGUCUAAGUCGUCUGGAAGUGAUACUGAGGAAGAAAAGGAAGUUAAAGUAUCAAAAAUGGAGGAGCUGAAAACUGUUAGUGAUGAAAAGCCUCCCAAGGAAGCUUCAGCUACUAAUCCGGAGCCAGAAGAAGGGGAAUUGGUGGAGCCGGAAGAAGAACCUUCCCCAGUCAUCGAAAAGCCGGUAAUUGAUCAACCGGUCCAACAAAUAGAAACGCCAACAGUUCCAGAGGUGGACAGUGCACAAGCCGAACUCCUAAAAACCACCGAUGAACCCUCAAUGGAACACAUUCCAGAGGAAAAGGCCCCCAAAAAUGAGUCUUGCCAACCUGAACAGAAAAAAGACACAACACCAAAAGAUUCCGAGCAACCUGAAGGAACUGCUCCCGAAGAAAAUAUUUCAUCAAUGAAGCCAGAAACUUCAAUUACAUUAGAAGCAACCCAAAACGAUGGAGAACCAGAGACAAAAAAGAAGAAGCUGGAACCGGUGACAGGCGAAACUCCUUCUAAAAUCGAGGUGGCCUCGGCUGUCCAAACAAAAGACCCUAAAUCAAAGGAAACCUCGACUUCAAAGAGAAGAGACCGUAGCAGGUCACCUGGCAGGCGAGAUCGAAGACGGUCCCGUGAAAGAGACGAACGCAGUCGUCGACAGAGAAGUCGCACUCGCAGCAGAGAUCGUCGCAGGCGUCGUAGUCGAACCCGCAGUCGCUCCAAGGGUAGAAAUCGUGAUAGAUCAAACGACCGACGUAGAGGAGGAGGAAGAGAAGGUCGGUCGCUUUCGAGAGAAAAGAAAAACGAACUCGCACCCAGCGAACCCGAAGGAAAUCCCAAUGAAAAAAUCACCGAACGUCAGCGUCGCACUGUCGACCUUCUGACUUCUCGAACUGGAGGAGCUUACAUCCCUCCAGCGAAGUUGAGAAUGAUGCAAGCCGAGAUCACCGAUAAAGCAUCGGCAGCUUACCAACGGAUCGCAUGGGAAGCUCUCAAGAAAUCCAUCCAUGGUUACAUCAACAAAGUGAACGUUGACAACAUUGGAAUCAUUACCAGGGAGCUCCUAAAGGAGAACAUCGUCAGAGGAAGAGGACUGCUCUGCAGGUCCAUCAUUCAAGCUCAAAAUGCUUCGCCCACCUUCACCCAUGUCUACGCUGCUCUCGUGUCCAUCAUCAACUCCAAAUUCCCAAACAUCGGAGAACUGUUGCUGAAGAGAUUGGUGAUUCAGUUCAAGAGGGCGUUCCGACGAAAUGACAAGGCAGUGUGUUUGUCUGCUUCCCGUUUCGUUGCUCAUCUGGUAAACCAACGGGUGGCUCAUGAAAUCCUUGCUCUGGAAAUUCUAACCCUUUUAGUGGAGACCCCAACUGAUGACUCUGUUGAAGUGGCGAUUGCAUUCCUGAAAGAGUGUGGUAUGAAAUUGACAGAAGUUUCCUCCAAAGGCAUUGGAGCUAUCUUUGAAAUGCUAAAGAACAUUCUGCACGAAGGGAAACUGGACAAAAGGGUGCAGUAUAUGAUCGAAGUUGUAUUCCAGGUGCGAAAGGACGGAUUCAAGGACCAUCAAUCGGUUAUUGAGUCCUUGGAAUUGGUCGAGGAAGAUGACCAAUUCACACAUUUGCUGAUGUUGGAUGAGGCCACCAAUACCGAGGAUAACUUGAACGCUUUCAAAUUUGAUGACAUGUACGCCACAAAUGAGGACAAAUACAAAGGUCUCAGCAAGGAAAUCCUUGGAAGCGAUGCAAGUGACUCCGAUGGAGAAGAUGGCUCCGGGAGUGGAAGUGACGAAUCAGACUCCGAAGAAGACGAAGAGGAAAAAGCUAAAGCAGAAUUAAUUAUUGACAAUACCGAAACCAAUUUGAUAGCACUCCGAAGGACCAUCUACUUAACCAUCAACUCCAGUUUGGACUACGAGGAAUGUGCCCACAAACUGAUGAAGAUGCAACUGAAACCAGGUCAGGAAAUCGAGUUGUGCCACAUGUUCCUGGAUUGCUGUGCUGAACAGAGAACAUAUGAGAAGUUCUACGGUCUCUUAGCGCAGAGAUUCUGUUCCAUCAACAAGACCUACAUCGAGCCAUUCGAGGAGAUCUUCAAGGACACAUAUCAGACAACCCAUCGCCUUGAUACGAAUCGAUUGAGAAAUGUAAGUAAGUUCUUUGCCCAUCUUCUCUUUACCGAUGCUAUUGGUUGGGAUGUUUUGGACUGCAUCAAGUUGAAUGAGGACGACACGACGAGUUCGAGUCGAAUCUUCAUAAAGAUUCUCUUCCAAGAACUUGCCGAGUAUAUGGGACUGUUUAAGUUGAACGAGAAGCUGAAGGACGGUGUACUUACAGAAACUUUGGCGGGUCUCUUCCCGAGGGACAAUCCUCGGAAUACAAGAUUUGCUAUAAAUUUCUUCUCUUCCAUUGGUCUCGGAGGUCUGACAGACGAUUUGCGGCACUUCUUGAAGAAUGCACCAAAGAAUGUCCCGGCGAUUAAUUCGGAGCUACUUGCAGACAAAGUUGAUGUUUCGAGUUCCUCGUCAUCGUCGUCGGCAUCAUCCUCUUCGUCAUCUUCAUCAUCGAGUGACUCGUCAUCUGAAUCUUCCUCGUCAGAAGAUGAAAGGCAGAAAAAGAAGAAGAAGACUAAGAAGGUUUCCAAGAAGAAACCUGUUGAGAAAUCCAAGAAGAAAAACUCCAAGCCAGAGAGGAAGAAGAAAAAAUCAAAAAAGAAACAGGAGUCCAGUAGCAGUGAGAGUAGUUCCAGCAGCAGCAGCGGCAGUAGCAGUGAAAAUUCCAGCAGUAGCAAUGAAAGCAGUAGUGAAGAUGACAAGAAAAACAAAAAGAAGAAGAAGGAAAAGGAAAAGCGAGAACAAAAGAAAAAGACCAGCAGUCAAAAAGUUGAAAUUGAUAAAAAGGAUAAGAACAGAAAAGAGAAGAAAUCACCAGAAGUUGAAAUUGAGAGAGACCAUAAACAGCGCGGUGAAAGAUCAAGAAGGAGGGAGGAAUCUGCCGAGAGGAUGUCUAAUGGAAGAUCAACAAAUGGACAAGGACGAGGAGAAAGAGAACGAGAUAGGGAAAGAAGACAAGACAAUGGAAGACGCGUUGAAGAAGAGAAUAAUUCUCGCGGAAGAGGCGACCGGCGAGAGAACAAGAAGGACAGAUCUCCUGUUGAAGAUCGAAAUCGUGAUCGUGUUCGAGAUGGUGAUCGUGAGCGAAAUCGUGAGCGGGAUCGUGACCGGAAUCGUGAACGUGAUCGAGACAACUACAACAAAUCAACCAAAACUAAUCGCGACUAUCGGCCGUCAGGUAAGUCACGAAAUGGAUCAAAAGAAAGGGGAUAAACAAUUUUUGUUCAAAUAGAAUUAAAAAGAAAAAAAAUAACCCUGAAAAUAUUAAUAAAUUGUAAGAUACAUUUUAAUAUGUUUUAAAAUAACAGAAAAUGUCUUUAAAUAAGUUUGAUAAAAUAAAAAAAAAUUCACACUUCU